AACAAAGAGAUGGUGACAACCUGCUUUUUUUUUACUCCCGUGGUACCUCCUCUUUUGCCGUGCACGGCUUGUCAGUGUCCCCGGAAACAGCAGCAGGCUGAGCCCUCCUCUUCCUGCCUGCUCUCCGCUCACUGCUUUAGGAAACGUGGCCUUAUCAGGACUCCAGCAGCACAGCGGUAGAUGAAUGACAGACUCCCCGCUUCAGCUUCCACUUCUAUCCGCCUGUCAGUUAACGCCACAGCCUCAACAGACCCCGAAGCCUCUCUGUGUGUGAAGAACAAUGUCUGAGGCUGAACAAAUCCCGGCCUCUGCUUCGGAGGCCGCCGCAUCGGCCGUCCUGGACGCCCUGAACGCCACGGACUCCAACGGGACCGAGGCGCUCAACGCCACGGCCAAAUUCGUGGCCUCCCCGGAGGGCACUGCUCUGGCGUACGGCAGCCUGGUCUUCAUGGCGCUCCUGCCCAUCUUCUUCGGAGCCCUGCGGUCCGUCACCUGCUCAAAAUCCAAGGAGCUCGGAGAAAAUGAUUACGAUUCUGGGUUCAGAAAUGCAGCCGACAUGCCCGAGACCAUCACCAGUCGGGACGCAGCGAGGUUCCCCAUCAUCGCCAGCUGCACUCUAUUUGGGCUCUACCUCUUCUUCAAGGUAUUCUCUCAAGAGUACAUCAACCUGCUGCUGUCGGUCUACUUCUUCGUCCUGGGCGUCCUGGCUCUGUCUCACACUAUGAGUCCUCUGAUGUCCAGAGUCUUCCCAGCAUCUUUCCCAAACAAACAGUACCAGCUGCUCUUCACUCAGGGCUCCGGAGAGUCCAAAGAAGAAAUAGUCAAUUAUGAGUUUGACACCAAGAACCUGGUGUGUCUGCUCAUCAGCAGCGUGGUGGGAGUCUGGUACCUGCUCAAAAAGCACUGGAUAGCCAAUAACCUGUUCGGGCUGGCGUUUGCCCUGAACGGAGUGGAGCUGCUCCACCUGAACAACGUCAGCACCGGCUGUAUCCUGCUGGGGGGGCUGUUCAUCUACGACGUCUUCUGGGUGUUUGGGACCAACGUCAUGGUGACUGUUGCCAAGUCAUUUGAAGCACCAAUCAAAUUGGUGUUUCCACAGGACUUGUUGGAGAAAGGUCUGGAGGCCAGUAACUUUGCCAUGCUGGGACUGGGAGACAUUGUCAUCCCGGGUAUCUUCAUCGCUCUGCUGCUGCGCUUCGAUGUCAGCUUGAAUAAAAACAGCAGGACGUAUUUCUACUCCAGCUUCCUGGCCUACAUCUUUGGACUGGGCCUCACCAUCUUUGUCAUGCACACCUUCAAACAUGCACAGCCCGCCCUGCUGUACCUGGUGCCCGCCUGCGUCGGCUUCCCCGUCAUCAUAGCGCUGUUCAAAGGAGAGCUCACAGAGAUGUUCAGGUAUGAGGAGUCAUCUGAGGAGACUAAAGAGGAAGCGACAGAAUCAGAGAAGAAGGACCAAUAAUAUCCCUGUCGCCCCACCCCCUGCCCUCCCUCCUCCUUCAAACACUUUUCAUCAUCAGCCUGCUGCCACCACAUUUCACUGAAGCCCCGCCCCCUCCAGUCUCUCCAGCUUGUCAGCCAGGGGAAACGGGGCUCAUGUUGCCAACGCGUUUGUCUCUGAUAACCACGGGAGCGGCCGCCGACUGUUACCCGUGGUUACGACUGCCGUCGCGCUGCCAACGAUGAUGUUUGUAAUUAUUAGAAGUCGUUUUGGGACCCGGUGCCUACCACGAAUCCUCUCGCACAGGACCACGAAGUGGCGUGUCAGGGAACACCUGUCCAAUCGGAUCUCAUCGUGUGUUUGCAGCUCGCCGCUCAGAUAGGCAGAGAAACGAGAAGGAGCGCUUGUUUUAGCCUUUACGUGGCCUCGAGCGUGGACGAGUCGGACGGAAAAACGAGCGCUGCUGCCAUUUUCUUUCUUGUUUGUUACUCCUUUUUUUUUUUUCUGAAACCCUCAAACAAAGAACCGCUGACGAUUGUGAGGAUCCCCAGAAUCUGAUCCUGUAAAAAAGUCUGGAGGCGUGGGAACUCUCCAGAUGUGGUUCUUUGUUUCCGGGUGUCUCCGCUCACCAGGCGCUGCUCACACUGCCGUCUGCUCCGUCAGCAUCAGCUGCUUCUACUGGUUUUAUCUGUAUUUGUUUCUAUAAUAGGCCAGAAUUUUAAGAGGGAAACGGUUUCAGUUUUUUAGGUAUACAGUUAUGUUGUCAUUUGUUAAAGCUGUAUUGUGUUUACAUCCACUUGUCUCCAUGCUGACUGUACAUGUGAGUUCUCCCUGUCUGUCCAGCUGUUUGCCAGAAAAUAAAUCUGCUUUCCAAUCAG